AUGGGUCUUCUACACUCACUCGCCUCGCUCCUCCUAGCCUCUUCGACUGCAUUGGCUGUCACUACAUCGCCAACGGCCACUAAACCAUGUCUUUCGCAACCGGAGGCCGCGAAUAUCGCUCUCAGAUGGUUCAGCAUAUUCCAAACCGACGGAAACGGCACUGGCACAGGAGCAGCUCUGGUCAAUUCCACCCUCUCUCCUGAGUUCCAGUACACCGACUACGGCGCAACCAUGGGCGAACAAACACCGCUAUACACCAACCGAUCGGCAGUCUACGAAUCCGUCUCUGGCAGUGGCUAUUCCGGAGCCUUGGUCACUGAUGUCAAAUACACGACGCCUUUUAUUUGGACGAAUUGUUACAUUGUUGGAGCAAGGUGGCAGACGAACUCGUUGAGUGCUAAUGCUACCAAUGUGACUGUGGCCGUUGGUACGCCGAUUACCUACUUUGGAACGGACUACUUGGAGGUUGAUCUUGCGACGAGAUUGAUCUUCAAUGCUACCUCUUCGUCGGAUCUGCUGAACUACUACAAGCAGCUGGGAUAUAAUGUGCUUGCUUGA